UCUAUUCUAAUCAAAUCAUGCAUUAAUACUAUUACUUGCAUUAUUAUCUCUUCAUUCUUCUCUUUCUCAUUGAUCAUGGCUUCCGCUUCUCUUGCCAAUGAGUUCGUCAAGGGAAACAUUCAAGCUAAUGGCGUCGCUGUUAUUACUCUUGAUCGUCCUAAAGCUCUCAACGCCAUGACUCCAGAAAUGGACAAUAAGUUCAAAAGCUUUCUAGAUGAAUGGGAAGAAGAUCCAAGAGUGAAAUGUGUUCUAGUAGAGAGUAGUUCACCUCGUUCGUUCUGUGCUGGUGGUGAUGUGAAGUAUCUUACUGGAACUCAAAAAUUAUCAACUCAGAUUGAGGUGUUCACGGCAGAGUAUACUUUGAUUUGCAAGAUAUCUGAAUACAAAAAACCGUACAUCAGCUUGAUGAAUGGCAUAACUAUGGGUAUGGGUAUCGGCUUAUCAUGCCAUGGCCAUUUCCGCGUUGUGACAGAGAGGACUGUAUUUGCUAUGCCAGAAAAUAGUAUUGGUAUGCUACCUGAUGUAGGGUUUUCUUACAUUGCGGCAAACAGUCCAGGAGAUGGAUCAGUGGGUGCUUAUCUUGGUCUGACUGGUAAAAGAAUAUCUAACCCAGCUGAUGCAUUGUACGUUGGCCUAGGGACGCACUAUGUGCCAUCGAGUAACCUAGGUUCUCUAAAGGAGUCCUUGUUGACAUCCACUUUUUCGGAGGAUCCUUACCAAGAUGUUGCAGAGCUACUGUCAAAAUACAGUAUCCAGCCACAUACCGAGUCACAGCUGAAGUUGCUUUUGCCUUAUAUUGCCUCUACCUUCAAUGCAAACAAGUCAGUAAGUGAUAUAUUUGAGGAAUUGAAAAUGCAUCAGCAGAAUUCUGAUACCAGAGUGGCUGGAUGGGCCAAGGAGGCCUUGGAAGGGCUUGGGAAAGGCGCUCCAUUCUCUCUGUGCUUAACACACAAGUAUUAUGCUAAAAUUGCAUCAGCUGUCAAAAGUAAUGAUGUUCAUCUGUCAAAUGUUAGUGGAGUGAUGAAACUGGAGUACAGAGUUAUUCUUAGAGUUUCACUAAGAAAAGACGCUGCAGAAGGUGUCCGUGCUAUUCUGGUGGACAACGAUCAGAAUCCAAAGUGGAAUCCAUCUAGUGUGCAGGAAGUUGAUAUGCAAGAAGUUGAGGCACUUUUUGAGCCAUUUGAGCCUAGCAUUCCAGAAUUGAUGUUUAAGAGCUCUAAGUGGAAUUCUUUAACAGCCAAACUUUGAGAGAAAUAUGUAUCCAUAUUACAUAUAUCCAACAAAAUUACAGUAUUUUAUCUUAAUAUAGUCAUAUAGGAGUAAUAUUCAUAUAUUCUUGCAAUGAUUUGUUAUGGUUACUUUCACAAAGGAUUAUCUAUAAAUAAUUUUACAUUUGUACAAUUUGUACUCCAUAAGUAACCCAUGUAUCAACAAUGGUAAUGGGUGUUUU